AGAUUCGGUUGGAAGCUUUUUUGUAUAUGAUAAAUAUACUGAUGAGGACUAUAAGGUAUUCUGGUUAUUAUCAAUAAUAGAAGAAGGUGCAGCUUUUAGGUUUAAAACAUUUCCAGAAGAUUCAAUUCCUGUUCUUUCACAAGUUAAUCAAUUUAACCAAUUAAAGAUUAGAUCAGAAACAUUCAGAUCUACAUUGUCUUUCUGGCAUGCUAAUUUGGCAAAAAAUUUAGCUUGCUUUAUUUUAAAUGAUAAUACUUCUGAUGUGUAUCCCGGACAGCCAGCUGAAAAUCAUAAAACAAGAUUUCAUUGUAAAACAGAUGAAGAUUAUGAAAAAUCUUGUAAUGGAAAUCAGAAUUUUAUGAAAUUGGAAGAGAUU